GAUUACUAACUAGGGUUUGCGACUUGUCGGGAUUUGCAGGUUUUAAGAUGGAUAAUUUUGAGAUUCCAAAGGACAAAGACGACACAAAGAAAAGAAAUAGAGAUCACGAUGAUGAUGAUGAUGAUGAUGAUGAUGAUGGUGGGAGAAUUGAUGAAGAGACGACUCGACGACGGCGACGACGACUGAAACGGGGGUCGAGGUGGGAUGAAACUCCGACUCCAACUCCAACUCCGCCCCCGACUUCGUUUCUGACUCAAACUCCGUAUAUGUAUAUGCCUACUCCAGAGGAUAAAGCAAUGAGGACAUCGAGUUGGGAUGAUGGCACUAUGUAUGAAAAACAUAGUGCCAAUUCUUCAUGCUGGGUUUGCCAAUUCUUGGCUUUGUCACCAAACCAACAACAUUAA